GCUUCCUGCCCCCACGUGGCCUGGCUUUGUGCUGGGCGCGCGGCCCCGCCGCCCCUUUCGCUUUCCCUUUCCCCUUCCCCUUCCCCGCUCCCAUGGCGGCCUGGCUCGGCUGCAGAGCGGAGGAGGGCGAGCCGGAGGACGAGGCGAGCUGCUGGAGGUACGACUCCACCUGGGAAGAGGAAAAGGAGGAGGAAGAGGAUGGCGGCGGCGAUGAAGGCGGCGAGCCGGAGGGAGCGGAUGCGGCCGGCGGGGAGGAGCUGGUGCCGAGCUGGGCGCGGGGCUCCCGGCAGGCCCAGUUCUCAGGCAGACGCAACUGGAAUGCAGCAAAAGACUUGCAGAGAUACAGACAUCAUUACCCGGGUUUGAUAGAAUCAGAAAAUGAUGAGGAAGAAGAGAUGUGGAACUUAAGCUUUUAUAAAAAUGAGAUUUGUUUUUUGCCCCAGGGUUUGUAUAUUGAAACUCUGCUUGAAUCUUGGUGGGACAACUAUGAAGUUCUGGAAGAAAAUCAUUCUUACAUACAGUGGCUAUUCCCUUUACGUGAACGUGGGAUGAACUGGCGUGCCAAACCACUCACGCGUCAAGAAAUCCAGGCAUUUAAGAAGUCCAAUGAAGUUAUGCAACGGUUUAGACGUGCUUAUCAGCUCAUGCUGAGAUUUUAUGGAAUCCUGCUGGUCAAUGAGGAAACUGGAGAACUUAAGAGAGCAGAGAAUUGGGCUGAACGAUUUCAGAACUUGAAUCGGUUUAGCCACAACAAUUUGCGGAUUACGCGCAUCCUGAAGUGCCUGGGGGAGAUGGAAUAUGAACACUAUCAAGUGCACUUGGUAAAGUUUUUCCUAACAGAAACUCUUGUUAAGGAGACGUUACCAAAUGUCAAGAGAAGUGCCUUGGAUUACUUCCUGUUCACCAUCAGAAGCAAACAGAAGAGAAGAGAACUAGUCUACUAUGCUUGGCAACACUUCAAACCUCAAGGCAGCUUUGUAUGGGGACCGCAUGACAAACUCUUGAAGUACAGAGCAUGCUCUGCCAAGUCACAGCUGCACCGAAAGGCUGAAGUCAGACAGGAAACUCCUGAUAAAAAAAGUGAUGAUUCUGUGGAAAAGGAUCAGAACCAGUCUCCAGAGGAAGAACAGAAAGCUGGAGAUGCUGUAGACUUGCAGCCUAAAGUGAACGAUGAAGAUGUAAUAGAGAAGUUAAGUGAAUGUGUUUCGAAGAGAGGGGAUGGUGAAGAGGCUUCAUCUACCCAGCAGGAGGAGAAGGAUAUAAACAGUGAGACUGAAGACGUGCAAGGUACGGCAGAGAAUGAUUGCACCAAGGAGAGCAAGAAGAGAAAACUGGAUGCAAAUAUGGCAGACGCUAGUGGGCCGUUGAAAAGCCCUACUGAUAUUGAAAACAUUUCCCGUAAUCUGGGAGAAUGUGCAAUUGAUACAGAAAUCCCCUCCUCAGUUCCACUCUUACAAGCAGAAGAGGACCAGGAAACACUGAAAGAAGACAAUGCAAGCAUCAAAGACUCAACAGCAUCAGAGACUGCUGAUGCAGCUGUAAAACGGAGGAAAGUUGAUAAAAGAACAUCAAGAAGCAAAACAUUCAACUUGGCCAUAAACCUGAACAUGGGGCCUUCGGCCUCUAGCGCCAAGUUAAAUCCAUCUGUUGCAAACACUGAGGCUGAAAAGGAAAAUGCCAGUGAGAAAAACGCAACUGUGGUAGUGACAAGUGAGAAGGGCGACAGUGAUGCAAAUGUUGGGGAUGUGAGACCCCUGGUUGGUUCCAGGCUCCCCAAGACUGCCUGGACUUCUCCAGUAAGUGAUGGCUUGGAGUCCAGUGGAGAUCAUGUCACAGCAAGGAAUGAUCAGCAUCACUGCAACAACACUCUUCUGGGAGACGAAAGUGAGGUAGACAGGGUAGAACAGCAUGAAAAGGCAGAAAAUGCAAGUGAAAAAGGGCAAGCAGAAGUCCCAGGCAACAAACAAGUUCCAGAAAGCCUGGAGCAGAGCAUGGCAUCCACUUGUCUUGAGGAAGACAGUGCUGAGGUUGCAACGCAAAAACCUGAAAGCUCUGAGCAUGCAGCAGAACCUGAUGAAGAGCAGGUAGCAGCAGAGUGAGACCAGCAUAGCAAGCGGAGAUGAUACUGCCCUAACUGCUAGGCGCCAGCUUUAGUGAUUUGGAUAGCACAAGUACAGGGAAGAAACUUCCGUUGCGCUGAUCCAGACUAGCCCCCGUUGGACUUUCACCCUUCCACACCUUUUUAAUCAUCUGUAGUGACUUUGCUGAGAUCCAGCCCUUGGUUACCCUAAAAAGGCAAACUCUAAUUUAGUCAUCUUCAUGGACAGGCUGCGUCCUGUUCCUGUUUUUUAUCUGAUAUUCAGGACUGUGUUGGGGUAACAGGGAUUUUUGCACUUUGCUUUCGCUCUGCUAUGUCCCUUCGUCAAGAGAAGAGGAAAACUAAUUUGUUUCCUUGUUUGAACUGAUCAAGUAUUUAUUAAAUACAUGAUUUUUAGUGUAAGACAGCGUGACCUAAUUUGCCAUGCCUUUCUAUUACGAUGUAACUAUUUCUUAUUUUGAAAGGCUGUACCUUCCCAGAUUUAUUCCUGGCAAAGAUGCUGCUGCGUGUCUGCUUCAGAGGGCAUCAGUCAUUAUUUUUGUGACAUUUGCCUGAAAGAGAUAAGUAUAUGCAUUUCACAUCAUGUAAGAGUGUAAUUGCCUCUCCUCCUGUAAAGACAAUAGGUUUGACUUUAGACUGGGAUAAAUGCAGAGCCAAAACCUGUCUCUGACCAGUAUUAACCUUUGUGUUCAGAUGCUGUUCUCCAGGGUGCAAAGUGCCGAUUAAUUUGUUCUGUUUAUACCCUGCAGAAGUUGCUUCAUUGUGCUUGUUAGAAUUGAGAAUAUGAAUUGUCUACUGGUUUCUAAGAGAAAAAGCUUCUUCAGACUUUGUAUAAAGCUGUUCAGAGCUGCUCUUGCCCAGGUUUUUCCACCACUUUCAGACCCUUGGUAGUCUUCGCUGAUUCAAAGGCCUGCCUUCCUCGAUUGCCAGAAUAAACCAAAUAUUUGUCAUUACAUCUUUUCAGGCUCUGCCAUUAAUUUGCAGUUGCCUGUGGGGCUGUCUUUUCUGCAGGCCCUUUGCAUGAAGUUAGAUGUGUCAAAUUGAACCCACUUCCUAGUUAGGGCAGAAUUGUUUUACCAUUAAUGAUCAACAUGUCAGUGAGGGCACAGCAGAGUGGAACAUGUCUGGAAACCACUGGGCUUUGUGGGGCAGUUAAUUGAAACUUUAAUUGGAGGGGGUACGCUUGUCUGGUUCAUUUAUUUACAGCCCUCAAAAAUUUACUUUCAGACCUUGCCAGCUAUUUGCCUGCCUUAAUGUUCCUGACCUCCCCAUUAGCUAUGUUGCCUGACUGACUUACACAGUAUUCAACCAAGUCUGAAGGAGCAUUAAACAAUUUAGCACUUUCGCUCCUAGAGGUUUACACCAGAGGACCCGUUUCAUGAAGCGGAGGAAAGAGUUUCCCACAGCCAGAAGGUCUGGACUCGCUGUUUGCUCAGAUUGUUUGUUUUACUUUUGGGGCUUUUAGGUGCCUGUUGUUUUGCGUAGGAGAUGGCUAGAGGCUUGCCUGCCUUGCCAGAGAGCAGAUGCAGUAGCCUGUGCAAUGUUAAUGUUUUUCCUCUCUCUGCUACAGCUCUUAAGAAGCUUCACCUUUCAAGGAAUUUCAUCGGUGACUUGCCUUCCCAAACUGUAGGUCCUAAUCCAGCAUGCCACAUACGUGUGUGUGGCAAUAGAAGUCUGCAAGCUUAACAUCUGAUGUUCAUGGUCACACACAUGCUGGGAAAAGGCUUUGUUUUUAAAAGACUUUUUUUUUUCAUAUGGAAAAAAAGUGAGUUAAAUAGCCAAUAGAAUACGCUUAACUACAGAGAUAAAUACUUGAAGAUGUUGAGUGAAAUUCUUUCAUAAAAGAUUGAUAAGAAAUUGCUAAUGGUGGCUUUUGUACAGAUUUAUAGCAAUUUUCCUAUUUAAUGAAGUUUUCAUUGUGAAUAUGUGCUCAGUUGGGGCAUAGAUCAUAUGUGUUGUUGCAGUGGCGUAUGGUUUGUUUUUGUGUUUAAUGGGAUUUCACUGUGAGCCCUAGUCUGGAGCGCUCAAACCAAACCGUUCCCUAUCGUGAUCAGGUUUAGAGUUUCAGCCGUAGGUGUUUGCAGUGAGCUCACAGGUUGUUUUCCAGCACUCAGAGCUGUGUCACAGAGUGUGUUACAUUCAUGUCACCUAUUAAAGCAUGACUUUAAUGCA